UGCGCCGCCGUUGCUGUCAAGGGCACCGGGUUCGUAACGUUAGCUUAACUAUCAGUGGCUACCCGCACGUGUGUUUACAAGCGGCCUUUUUACUCCUAAAAUCCUUAAACGACGCUUUUUCUUACGAUGGACGGCUUCGGUUCGGACUUCUCUGCAGGCGGGGCUGGAGGUAAAGUGGACACCGGCACGAUAAUGGAGCAGGUCAAAGUCCAGAUCGCGGUGGCGAACGCACAGGAACUGUUGCAGAGAAUGACAGACAAAUGCUUCAAGAAGUGUAUAGGAAAACCUGGAAGCACAUUGGACAACUCAGAGCAGAAAUGCAUCGCCAUGUGCAUGGACCGCUACAUGGACGCCUGGAACACGGUGUCCCGGACGUAUAACUCCAGAUUACAGAGGGAACGAGCUCGUAUGUGAACGUCCGUCCCGUCCUUCUCGUCCUCCCCCUCAGUCCUUCCCUUUUGCUGAGCGCUGCUCAUCCACAGACGAGUGCUCUGACUUCUUAGGGAUUUUUUGGUUUUUGAUUUUUGUUCCCAUACCUCUGAAACAGGCUAGCAAAGCCUGUGGACUGCAGCAUAGCAGUGUGAACAAUAUUCACUUCACUGACGGAGCUCUACUACUACUUUUGUGUUGUUUCGUUUUUUUUAAUGUCAUGAAAAACUGGUAUCGUGGCUAACAAGUAAAGCUACUGUGUUAAGAAGUGUUGGCUGGGUCUGUGCGUCUAUGUCGGAAUUAUGGGAAAUUGCCACGGGGAUAAGUGGACGAUAAAUAUGUUCCAAUCCGAUCCAGAGUCCGUUAUCUGUACCGAUUCCGAUAUCGGCGUAAUUCGCAUAUGGAAAAUUUCUGAUCCCUGGGCUGCGUUUCCUUGGCCGUGAUUGCAUAUUAAAGUCAACAGAGCUCUGGUAUCGGCCUCGGAAGAUAUCCAAAUUCAGGUAUCAGACUUGGAUCUUGGAUCACUUCAUUUCACAGCCGUGUAUCAAUCGGGCAAAGCAUGUGGUUUCUCAGUGGUGUACCUAAUGAUAUGGCCGGUCAAUGUAAGGCUUUGUUGGUCCUGAUUUGUUUUUUUGAGCACCUUUUAUGGUACAUAAACUUACUCAGUCCUUAACAACAGCACUGUAGUGGUCUAUGACAACAUGUUUGUCAUGAAUGAGUGAGUGAUGGAAAAACCAUCAGUACAUUUUGACAUCCAUACUAAGUAACUCGAUCAAUGUUGUAAGAUUUCCCGUCCCGUAUUAUAUCACAUUUUUCAUCUUUUUAUUUUUCAUUGUGUCACAAGAGUGUAUUGGAAGCGAACCCUCAACCCUUGGCCAAUCGCUACAGAGUAGGCGUGGUCGGGGGAGGAGGCUGCGGAAUCCAGCGUGUCGGUCCAAGAGAAGAAGAAUGCACAUUUACCCUGUACACAGCGUGAGCUUUAUGGAGUAUUUUAUUCAAAGAAUAGCAUUUUAAACGCCCCUGAAUGAACAGCUCGGACCCCUUUGAUGUAUCACCUGCACCUGAAUGUGUUGGCACAGUCCGAGGUGUUCAACUAUACCGUGUGUAGCCAAUUUCCCGGUUAUCAAAAAUACUUGAAUAGUUACAUAGUUGAAGAUUGCCCUUGUUGGUGGGUGAGCAGUACAGUUCCAACCAGCACCCGUGACCCCAGGGGGCCACCAAAGUCAAUACUGUUGUAAUUGAGUGUAGUGGUUUUUCCAUUGAGUCCAUUGUCAUCUUUUAGUUGCUGUCGGUCAAAGCUGCUUGUCCUCGCCUCAGAAGGGCAGGUAUGUGGAUAUCCAUUUCCUCACAGAAGUCACUCGAGUGUAAACCCCCGGAAAACCUACUCGCCCGCAUCCGUGUCCCCAGCUGGUCACCCCGGCCACAAACCACGGGCCGGAGCCUUCACGACAGGUCAGUGGACCCCCGGAGUCUCCCUGCAUGAUGGAGGAGAGUCACUUUAAGUGUAAAAAGAAUGAUUUUUUUUGUUUGUUUUAAGUUGUUCCAGUUUGAUUGCUUGGAGGGAGGCAGGAAUGCAUGUGGGUUUCCUUACAUGAGAAGAUUACAUGCUGGGCACGGCUGAAAGGGAGCUCUGUGUCCUGAGGAGAGAAGUCUGUUCCCUCCAUUAAGAGGGAUAAGGAAAGCAACCUUACAUAUGCUACCUCCACUCCAUCCAGCACGCACACUAACCUUAUUGUGCAGCAAAGUAAACGCUAUAUACCCAGGACUAACGGAGAGACAUGUCUGUGAGUUGGAGAUACGUAUAUGGUGUUGGAGUACUGCUGUUGAUGGACUGUUAUUUUUUUACAUUAAUGUCAACUUUAACUUAAAACUGUCAUUAACUGUCAAUUUUUUGACAUUAACUGGGUUAACUCAAAGUUAACCAGUUAAUCAAGAACCUUGUUAACGCAAGGUUCCUUUAACGGCACUAUUUUUUUUUGACACGCAAUGAACGCACGUCCUGUUUGACCCUCGGCCCGCACCACAGUGUUGCCAACUUGGCUAAUUUAUCGCUAAAUCUGGUGACAUAUUUUCUCAAAAGCGACUAGCGACAAAUCUAGCUACUUUUUCUGGCGUCGUCUGAGAGUUCUCUGGUAUUUGGGGACUUAAACGUGAAAGUACGUGUUGAUCUGCAGUUUGUGUUGUCGCUGCUGAGACGUCCGCCUCGCCCCAAAGCAGACACAAGCCGUCAGUGCACUGUCAGCUCCCGUGGCACACCGAGAGCAUAGUGGGGCUCCACGCAUGCGCGAGGUGCGAUGCCACCGCGGUGGAUCUCACCGUUUUACAGAGCGGGAUCUAAAAUGUAAAUGUUUCUUAAUCUUCGAUCAUUACACUACUACUCAUUACACUCAAGCCUCAUUGGGACUCUGUCGCUUACCUGUCAGUGUGUCAGAACGUGUGAUGGGAGAACGCUGUGUCAUAAGUUAAACAAGUAGUCCCAACUACAAGAUAAGAGGUGGAGCCUGCAGGUGAGUCUGGAUGUAAAUAUUACGCUGUCUAGAUUUUGAGGGAUAAAAUAUUACAAUUAUUUUAUUUUGAUGCAGUGAUGGCCAAUUUUAAAUGAACAAACUAAGAAAUCAAGUAUAUUUGUUGUUCUAAACAUAAUGGUGUUUUUACUCCUCCUUUUGUCUCUUAUACGAGGUUGUGCUUUUUUCCUACAGCAUCUCUGACAGCAUCAUAUGCAAAUAAUAUGCAAAUUAGUCAGUGGCGUUAUCUCGUGACUUCUAGGACAGCCAAUAGCUAUUUUUCUUACUGGGGAGUUGGCAACAGUGCCACACCGUACUUUGAGGAAACGCAGCGGUGACUGUGGAGCCGCAAGCGGGAGAAAAUAUUGAGCAGAAAUGGAGGGGAAAAAACAAAAGAGUAUUUUGAUUGUUAAGUUUUGCUUGAAAGGCCUGGCAGAUGGUUCUCGCAACAAGACCAAGGUUAUUUGUAUCUACUGUCGUUGGUUUGACUUGUCACGGAUUACGUCGUCUGCCAGAGAGAAGUGAGGAAGUUACCGGAACACUGCCGGUAUUUUUUAUUUUUUUUACUGUAAUGUACGCAGCGGUACUUUGGCAUACAAGUUUGGUUUUUUUUUUUAGAUGCCACCCGUCUCGCCGCUUUUUUUUUUUGCUUUUAACUGCGGGCUAAAAUUUGGGUUACGAGCUGCUAUUUCCUGGCAGGCAUAGCAGAGGACAUCGACUUGGGAUGAGAAUGUAUGUGAAUAGGAUGAGCAGCAAAACAUACCUGUACAUGCAUUAUCGUGAUCUAAUUUAUCUUACUGACAGGAACAACAUCAAAUUAAAAGCAGCAAAUGAAUACAGGGCCACCAUCCACCAGUAUGAGCACAAAUAUGCACAUUAGCACUCAGUAAGGUCCCUUAUGCGUUCCCACAUAGUAUCAGCAUUUGGGAGCAAAUAUCAGGGGAAAGAAAAAGGGUAAAAAUACAAUAUAGUGGUCCUGGGCAAAGUUAGAAGGUGCAUUCAAGGACCGCCAAACAAAGUGAGACAAAAUGCCGCUCACAUUAAAUAUGCAAAAACAGCGAGAUUUCUAACUGUACAUUAUUUUUGGAAUAAAGUAAUGUCCCGCAUUUCCAAAUUUGAUGUAGUUACUGUUGCUGCGCAUGGACUCGUUUACCACUAAGAGAUUUACAUCCCUGCUUAUUGAUAAAAAUGUAUUUCAAUCUGUGAUUAAGUGUGAUUAAUUAUGAGUUAACUAUGGACAAAAAUGUGAUUAAUUGUGGUUAAAUAUGUUCAUCGAUUGACAGCCCUGGUAUUGACACAUUGCACCUAAAAUAUGAGCAGAGACAAUGUCUGAGUUUCACGAGCCGGUGUAGGAACCAUUGUAGUCCAUCUUACCAAGCAGGUGUCCCUGCCUCCUUGCAUGUGACCAGCACACAUCAUGUGACGAGUCAGGGUGGCUCCGUAGGACUGCUGGCAGGCUGCCUGCUCGAUGAUGCUCACCGAGGCUUUCUGCAGCAGGUUAGUCAGUGAACCUUUUGCAGUGAGGAAAACAUUUCUGUAAUAACACAAAGACUACACAGCUCCCAAUUCUCACGCUUACCUCCUUCCCUCAUGGAUCCCCAUCCUGAGAUGUAGCACUCGGCAUCCUCCAGGAAGCCGUGCACUGGUGAGGGGAGACACGCGGACUGGAUGGUGUGGGACACGGAGGCUGGGACCAGCAGCUCCAGCAGGGCCACGUCAUGGUCCAUGCUGGUGCUAUUGAAAGCUGGGUGGAUGAUGACCCGCUGGAUGGGGAUGACCAGGGCUCCCAUGCCUGAACGCAGCACAGAUCCCAGGCUCGCUGCCCAGUAGGUGGGGUUGGGGUCGCUGCAGGUGGGGACCAACCAGGGUCAAGCAGUGGAGUACAGUAUGUGUAAUAUACACGUGUGUUUCUUGUAUGAAGAUGUGGGAUGCGUGUCUUCAAAUGGAACACCUUUUGAAGCAGUGUGCCGCGGUCAGUAACCAUUUACUGUGAAUGAGCGUGGCGCCACAUUGGUGCCGUCUCUGGUACUGGAGGCUGCCAAUCCAAGGCCACUCCCCCCUGCGAGCUGUGACGCCACCCACAACCCUGUUGGAGCCCAGCGCAGGACGUUCACCGCACUCUGAAAUGAAAACAAAUCUUAGCUCAGGGGUGUCCAGAGCGUUUUUAUUUUGGCUCACGGAACAUUCAAAAAAUACAAUUCAACAAGAAAACAAACAAAACAAUCAGCAGUCAUUUUACAAAAUAAAGUCCAAAUAUUGAGACAAAGAAGUUGUAAUCUCACAAGAGACAAAGUUGUAAUUUUCCAAGAAUACUAUGAAGAAAAAUAAUGUCAUUUUAGUAGCAUAAAGUUGAAAUAUUAAAGAAAAAAGACUUGUAAUAUGAUGAGGAAAACAUGACAAAUAAAGUUAGAAUUUUUGGAAAAUAGGUGGCAGAAAAAGUCCUAAUUAUGAGAAGAAAGUUGAAAUAUUUGGAAAAUGUUUUAAAAACAGCAGAAAUGGAAACAGCUUGUCAGCUGCGCGUCAACAAGGUACAUUUAUUUCUUUAUUUAAGGUAUAUUUUUAUAGGUUUCUAGGAAAACGCGACUGAAACUUCAAAAUGAAAUUGUUACUUUAAUAUUUUAUUUGUAAUUUUCUUUUACCGCUGUGGAAAAGCUCAGUAUUAUUAGUUGGUACAAGGAAUUAUGGGAUAGAUGUUUUGCAGACGCAACUUUAUGACUCCAGAAUUUGGAGAAUUUCAGAGUCAUAAAGAUGUAUCUGCUUUUAGUUUGAAAAAACAAAAAAACCCUCAAACAUCCAUCCAUCCAUCCACCCGUCCGUCCGUCUGUCCAUCCAUCCAUCCGCCCGUCCAUCCAUGUUCUAUGCCGCUCAUCCUCACUCGGGUCGCGGGUAUGCUGGAGCCUAUCACCCUCAACCAUUGAAAUUCAAAACAGGACAGUUUUAACACCUCAAGCACAAAACAAUAACUUGGAAAAAAGUUACACCUUUUAAGCCCAGGCCUGUCAAAUGAUACAACCUGGCUCUUGGUCAUUUAUUAAAACGUUUCCCAACUACAGAUACAUGUUGUGCAUUAUUCCCAAAGUUUGGGACGGCUCUGCACGCUGUGCUUUAUAAAGUUGUUUUUUGUUUUUUUUUUUAACACCGAGUUCCGCUGACGUCAACGCAGCUGGGACUUCCUUAUAUGGGCAUGCCCAGGCACACACUUCUAAGCCUGCCUUGCCCCCGCUCUGCUCUGUUGACCGUGUUGGCACGUAGGGCACCCAGGAAAUGUUUGUUGGGGUGUGCUUAAAGAGGCAAGCAUCAGGCAGAAGCGGUUGGAGUUGCUGAUUGUUGCAGGUAGACCCUGUUAAUGAAUUUAUUCCAAGAGGAAGAGAAGUUGCGAUUUUAUGAGAAUAAACUCAUAAUAUGAGUAAAAAUAAUGCCAUUUUAGUAGCAUAGAGUUGAAAUAUUAAAGAAAAAACAAUAAAUCGUAAUAUUAUGAGAAACAAAACUAGAUAAAGCUGUAAUUUUUGGAAAAUUUCUUUGGGAGAAAAAGUUAUGUUGUGGCAAUAAAGUCAUUAAAAAACCCCAUAACAGUCGAACUGGGGAAAAAAGGAGCAAAAAACGAAGUUGAUACUUACAAUAUGCUUUUUCACCGCUAUCACAAAGCUGAGGUACCGUUUAAAAAAUAAGAUUAUAUAACGUCUUCAAAGUGGAAAAGUUGCAUCCCUUCAUUUUUCACUAGGUGGCCCUUAUGGGAAAAGGUUUGGACACCCCCGCCCAAAAGGUAGAGGCAUGCCCAGACAAGAACGCGUUUCUGGUGCAACACGACAGUCGCUAUUGUACUUUAACGAUGGUCGUUUCGAACCACAAAAGAGUGAAACCGCUCUGUCUGAGAAGUGUAUUUUUUAUAAUCUUUCAACAUACCGCAGUUUCUCUCGUCGGCUUGGUUGGGGCAGUCUGGAACGCCGUCACAUUCCGGGUUGAACUUGCUGAUACAGGAAGUGGCGCUGCACUGGAAGUCGCUGCUGCAGAUAGAAACUACAAGACAUGGCAGGGAAAGGGAAAGAGUCGCAUGUGUGCUUGGCAACAAACAUACCGACUGAAUUGAUUUUCAGCCAUUGGUCAUUAGGACAAUACCGGGAAGCGCUGGGACCGUCCUGGGACUUGGCCGAUGAUGACCACUCGCAGCUGCAGCAGUGACAGCGGCGUGAUGCUCGGGGACUGAGUAAUGGGCCGAGCUGGGGUCUGUCUGGCGAAGAAUCCAGUGGUGGAGCCUGGUGACCCGCGAGUAAACCCCUGGCCUGUUGAUCUGGGCGCAGCCGAUACCCCAGCUCACCACCCCAGCUAGGAAGAACCUGCCCGGGGCACCCUCGCACACCAAAGGCCCCCCAGAAUCACCCUGACAAUGA